AUGUCGUCGGCGCUAAACAGGUCGGACCAUAAUAUUCUCUACAUUUUUGGUGCUGUUGUUCUUGCAGUUGGCACAUACAUUUUGAGGAAGUACAUCAAGGGUGGACAGUUCAGGGAAAGAGUGAAUGGCGAGGGUCUUGUAGCUGUGGUAACUGGAGCCAAUGCUGGAACUGGACUGGAAACAGUACGAGGCCUAAAUCUCGCAAAAGUCAAGGUGUACAUGCUAUGUCGAAACGAAGAAAGAGCAUCUGAGGCGAAGAUCAAAUUGGUUCAAAUGGGAUGUAAUGCGGAACGGCUCAUAAUUGUGAAAUGUGAUCUAUCGGACUUUAGCAGCAUCAGAGCAUGCGCGAAAGAGCUUUUAUCGAAGGAAGAUAAAAUCGACAUCCUUAUUAACAAUGCUGGAGUGCUGUUUCUUCCGAAAUACCAGAGAACAGGGGACGGACACGAAAUGACUUGGCAGUGUAACCAUCUAGGACCCUUCCUUCUGACUCAGCUACUUCUGCCAGCUCUCGAGAAAGCUCCAAAAGCAAGAAUCGUACUUGUGGCCUCAUUACUUCAUAUGGCGAGCAGUCCAAUAGACUUAUCCACCGUCGACGACGAAAAGAGUUGGGGACGCAUUGAACCAUACAAUCGCAGUAAAUUGGCUAACGUAAUGACUGUACGGGAAAUGAGCAAACGCUUGCGAGAACAAGGCAUACAUCACGUCACUAUCAACUGCCUUCAUCCUGGGGUUGUGAACAGCACUGGCUAUCGCCAUACAAUCCUCGACUACCCACCCAUACGUCAGCUGAUCUAUCCACUGAGGUGGUUCUUCAUGAAGACUUCGAGGGAUGGUGCGCAGACUGCCCUGUAUCUUGCUCUAAGUAAGGAAGUUGAUGGAAUCAGUGGAAAAUAUUUCGCAGACUGCCUUAUGGCAAAAGAGGGAAAAUACGCUUUGGACGACGAGGCUUGCAAGAAACUGUACGAUUACAGUAUGGAACAAAUGAACGUUUCUACGGCAGACGAAGCAGACAGGUCCGUAGUUUAUAUACUAGCAGUCGCGGCAAUUGCUGGUGCCAUCUUCAUGAUAAGGAAGUACUUCAAAGGUGAACAGUUUGAAGACAUCGUAGAUGGAGAUGGGUUAGUCGCCGUCGUGAGUGGAGGGAAUAGUGGAAUUGGGUUAGAGACAGUACGAGGAAUGAAUCUCGCUAAAGUCAAGGUCUACAUGCUUUGUCGUGACGACAAAGCAGCAACUGAUGCUAAAAUCAACUUAGUAAAGAUGGGAUGCGAUGCAACAAGGCUUGACCACAUGGUCUGCGACCUUGCAGAUUUUAGCAGUAUCCGCGCCUGCGCCAAAGAACUCUUAGCACAAGAGGAAAAAAUUGACAUCCUAAUCAACAACGCUGGAGUUAUGUUCCUUCCCACAUAUGAAAGAACUGUUGAUGGACACGAGAGGACUUGGCAGAUCAAUCACCUAGGUCCCUUCCUUCUCACACAUCUGCUCUUACCUGCUCUUGAAAAGGCACCAAAGGCAAAGAUCAUUUGGGUAGCAUCGAUUCACCACAAGUUCAGCAAGAAGCUCAAUCUUGACACUAUCGACGAUAAGCUGCAAUUUGGACUGUUGGACCCAUACAACCGCAGCAAAUUAGCCAAUGUUAUGACCGCACGUGAAAUGAGCAAACGAUUGCACGAACAGGGACUUCAUCACAUUUUCGUUAACUCGAUGCAUCCAGGAUACGUUGAUACCAAUCUCUACCGUCAUACACUUUUCGCCUCUCCUCCUUUGAGGGAACUCACUUAUCCAAUUAGAUGGCUUUUAUUCAAAACCCAGAAGGAUGGUGCACAAACGGCGCUAUACCUUGCUUUGAGCCCAAGAAUUGACGGAAUCAGUGGAAAAUACUUCGCAGACUGCAAACUGGCCAAAGAGAGCAAGAACGCUCUAGACGACGCAGCUUGCGAAGCUCUGUACAACUACAGUAUGGAACAAUGUGGAAUAAAAGAAACUAUGUAAAUACUCCAUCGCUCACCAGCCAGCCUCUUAAACGAGUAGUCCGAGCUGCAUGCUGCUUUUAUCUCGGUUGGAUGGCAUUGCUAUUGUAUAUACAGCUC